CGGUAAACGCGGAAGCACAUGGUUUGUUGACUAUCGGAAGACUUUACGUAGCCUAGUUUUACCAACAACACCGUCUACGUUUUAUAACAAUUGCCACGUUAACAGUGUCAUGAUAAGAUGAACGGCAGACCAGUCAAUGAAACGCGCGAACAUGCCGCAGAAUGUGUUUCAGCGAAGCGUGUCUGCACCAGGGAAUCUCAGGUGCAGGUGGCCGAGGACAAAGCCUCGUCCACGGGCAGCCAGGAGACGACAGAGGGCGUCAACAUUGAAGUGUCAGUCAUCAUGCCUGUGUAUAACGCCUCUUGCUGGUUGGAGGAGUGUCUGGAGGCCGUCCUGAAUCAGGACUUCACCGGCACCAUGGAGCUGUCCGUGUUUGAUGACGCCAGCACGGAUAACUCCAGAGCACUCAUUGCGAGUUGGAGGGAGAGGUUUCGGAAGCGGGGGAUCGCCAUGGUGAUAUCUGGUCAUGACUCUAACAAACCAAAAGGAGUUGGCUUUGCCAAGAACCAGGCUGUAGCCCAGAGCACUGGCAAGUACCUCUGCUUUCAAGAUGCGGAUGAUGUCAUGAUGCCAGAGCGAGUGAGGCUCCAGUAUGAGACAUCCAUCCUCAACCGUAACAGUAUUGUGGGCUGCCAGGUGCGUAGAGUUCCAGAAGGUUCUACGGAGCGUUACACCCGCUGGAUCAACUCCCUGAGCCCAGAGCAGCUCCUCACCCAGAUCUUCACUUCACAUGGGCCAACCGUUGUCAUGCCAACCUGGUUCUGCUCUCAUGAUUGGUUCCAGCAGGUUGGCUCCUUUGAUGAAGGAGGGAAGGGUGUCCCUGAGGAUCUGCUCUUCUUCUACCAGAGUGUGCGUCUUGGAGGCCGAGUGCUACGAGUGGAUGAGUGUCUGCUGGUCUACCGCUACCAUGAGCACGCAGCUACGCACUCAGUACUGGAGGAAACCAUUUGGAAUCUGCGAGUGGGAUUCCUUCAGGAGAGAGUGCUCAGCCAAUGGGAUUCAUUCACCAUAUGGAAUGCUGGGAAACAGGGACGGAAGCUCUACCGGAGUCUGACUCCAGCCAAUCAGAAGAAGGUGAAGUUUUUUUGUGACGUGGAUGAAAACAAAAUCAAGAAAGGCUUCUACACGUAUGAGGACUCCAAAGAGCGACCCAAACCCAAGAUUCCCGUCAUGCACUUUAAAGACUCGUCCGCUCCAUACAUAGUGUGUGUAAAGCUGGACAUGACGGGAGGCGUUCUGGAGGAGAACCUGCACUCUAUGCAGCUCACAGAGGGAGUGGACUACUAUCACUUCAACUGAGCCAACACACACACACACACACACACACACACACACACACACACACACACACACAGACACACACAGAGGAAGUGGACUACUGUCACUUCAACAGAGCCUGGAGGAGCCUAUAGGCUCAGGACAGAAUCGGAGAGCUCGGCAUCACACAAUGAAGGGGACACAAAAGAAAUGAUGAAGAGACAGUAAGAAAUAAUCCCACAGGGAUAUACAGCUCUAAAAUAGAGAGAGACAGAGAGAGAGAAAUAUUAGGGCAGUGAAAGAACCAAAGCAAGAGUGAGACAGUAUGAAGACUGAAAGAACUAAAGCAAGAGUGAGACAGUACAAGGACUCAAAGAACUAAAGCAAGAGUGAGACAGUACAAGGACUCAAAGAACUAAAGCAAGAGUGAGACAGUACAAGGACUCAAAGAACCAAAGCAAGAGUAAGACAGUACAAGGACUCAAAGAACUAAAGCAAGAGUGAGACAGUACAAGGACUCAAAGAACUAAUGCAAGAGUGAGACAGUACAAGGACUGACAGGUGGAAACAGGGAGAAUCAGGAGGGAAUGAGAGUGACCCACAGGCUGAUCACCAGACCGUUGAACUGCAGGGUCGAAACUGGACACGGCCUCCAUUCACUCUGGCCUGCCGGGACAGGGGUAAGGACAGUGCAGGUUCUUAAGGCAUGGCCAGCAUUUAUCUGGACACUGAGUAACCAGAGUAAUAAUCUUGAUCACGCUGCAUGGGGCAACUCGAUGAAAACCAAAUGUCAGUGUUGGAUAUUUCCCUUUUGGCCAUGCUAAUGUAAUGUAUAAAUGAUUCUAGAUAAAUGACUGGAAGUUAAUGAGCAAACAUCUGGUGUUGCCUCAAGAUCUUUUUACCACUGAGAGCCGUUCUUCUUGCCUUCUCGUGUUUUUGCUCAAACUGCCAAGGACAUUUCUUACCAGUCAGUGGUGUUUUGUUUUCUGCUUUCUGAGGACUUUAAGUUGGCGGAACAUAGAAUGUAGAAAAGUAGAAGAGAGAUGUCAGAGUUUGGCGGGAAGAGAGAGAGAGAGAGAGAGAGAGAGAGAUAGAGAUAGAGAGAGAGGGAGGGAGAGAGAAAAAGAGAGAGAAAGAAGCGGAUCUGCUCUCUCCCUCCCUCUCUCCCUCUCUCCCUCCCUCUCUCCCUCUCACAAACACCACUAGGCUUGAGUAAACUCUCACAUUUACUUAACACAUGCUCACCAAUUACACAAACACACACACACACAGUCACUUUUUACAUUCCUGAUUGCCCGUGUCAUUGCAUAGCCCCCAUCUGUAGUCACAGCGACCAGCCUCGGGUUUGGGUACAUUUGCAUGAGUGCCACAGAACAUACCUGUGUGUGUGUGUGUGUGUGUAUGUGUGUGUGAGAGAGAGAAAGAGAGGGAGUGUGUGUGUGUGUAUAUGUGCAUGCACAUUUAGUGUGCUCGUGUGUAUCUGUCUGUCUGAGUGAGUGUGUGUGUGUGUGUGUGUGUGUGUGUUAUUUGUGUAUGAAUGCAUUAGUUUAUAGCAUAUAGAGUGCUAUUUUGUGUGUCUGUGUGUGUGAGAGAGAGAGAGUUAAAGAAAGAGAGAGAGUUUGUGCAUUGUGCAUGCAGUUUGAGUAGAAGAGGUCUGCCCUGGAAUGUGCCUGUUCCAUUAACAGUCUCCUCAAGGUCAACUGUCGCGUUCUGCCUGUCAGGAGUGUGUGGGGGGGGGGGGGGGGGGGGUCUGCAUGCCACGUCCCCUGUCAGACACAUUGAAAGGUUCCAGGUGACAUGUCAUGUCAAAGUUCAAAGGUCGGGGGUCUCUAAAUAUUUAAGAGUGACGGUUGGGAGCCAGCGGUCGGGAAUGAGGUCACCUUUUUGACAUGUCUCGUACAGCCGAGGAGCAUGUAGAGCUGCAAAGCUUCGAAAAACAUGUUGCUUAGAAUUUUAAUCUUCAGGAAUUUUACAGUGUUGGUUAAAGGAAAUUAAAGACCCUUUUUAAAUGUU